ACAGGAGUACGGAAAAUACAUCUUAGUUGACAUGUAAUUAAUCCAUGCCCUUUAUUUCCUCCGUACCAGCAAGGAAUAAGUUUGGACCAUGGGAUACUUUUUCUGUGAUUUUACGGCCUAAAGACCCGUCUAUGCCUUUUAAAAGGAAACGAGAAAUGAAAAUGCAGAGGCGUUGAAUGAAGGUGCAGGGAAGACGAUGAAGAUGAUUAAGCAAGGUCUUGGUCCUGUGUUGUUUCUGUUUUUCUUGUUUGUGGAGUAUGGGCUUUGCGGAGACAUCGUUCACGAUGACGAUAUUGCCCCUAAACAACCCGGUUGCGAAAAUAAAUUUGUUCUGGUAAAAGUUCAGACUUGGGUAAAUAAUGUAAAGGCAGAUGAAUAUGUGGGGGUUAGUGCCAGGUUUGGCACCCCAAUGGAAUCAAAGGAGAAAGAUGCCAAUAAAUCACGACUUGUUCUUGCUAAACCUUAUGAUAGCUGCACCAGCCUUUCAGAAAAGCUCACUGGGGAUGCUGCUUUGGUGCAUCGAGGCAAUUGUACAUUCACAACAAAAGCCAAAAUUGCACAGGAAGCUGGUGCAGUAGCUGUCCUUGUUGUAAAUGAUAGGGAAGAACUUUAUAAGAUGGUGUGUGCAUCUAAUGAAACCACAUUGGACAUAAGAAUUCCUGCUGUUAUGCUGCCAAAUACUGCCGGUACAACCUUAAAGCAGAAUCUAGAGAGAGGUGCAGCAGUUGGAGUAGUGAUCUAUUCACCUGAUCGCCCCUUGGUAGAUAUAGCAGAAGUUUUCCUGUGGCUUAUGGCUGUAAGUACUAUUUUGUGUGCAUCCUUCUGGUCAGCAUGGAGUGCUCGAGAGGUGGCUAAUGAACACUACAAGUCAUUGAAGGAUGAUCUGGAUUCUUUUGUUGUGGAGGAAAGUAGUGGGGAUAAGGGCGUGGUUGAUAUCAACACAACCUCUGCAAUUCUUUUUGUUGUGAUUGCAUCAUGCUUUCUAGUUCUCAUUUACAAAUGCAUGUCAGAGUGGUUUCUGGAACUUUUGGUGGUUAUCUUCUGCAUCGGGGGUGUUGAGGGCCUACAAACUUGUUUGGUUGCUUUACUUUCGAGGUGGUUCACCCGUGUUGGAAGACUAUAUAUAUGCAUACCCUUUUUUGGAGCAGUAUCGGCCCUUACUUUGGCUGUGUUGCCAUUCUGCAUAACAUUUGCUGUUGUUUGGGCUGUAUAUCGCCGCAUCUCGUUUGCUUGGAUUGGUCAAGAUAUACUGGGCAUCACUUUGAUCAUAACUGUUCUCCAAAUAGUGCGACUUCCAAAUGUUAAGGUUUCUACAGUUCUUCUAAGUUGCGCUUUUUUAUAUGACAUCUUUUGGGUGUUUGUCUCACCCAAACUAUUCAGUGAAAGUGUGAUGAUUGUGGUUGCCCGUGGCGAUAGAAGUGGGGAGGAUGGCAUUCCCAUGCUACUAAAAAUUCCUCGUUUGUAUGAUCCAUGGGGUGGCUACAGUAUAAUUGGUUUUGGAGACAUACUUUUACCAGGAUUGCUGAUAGCCUUUGCAUUAAGAUAUGAUUGGGCAGCAAAGAAGAGUUUGCAGGGAGGUUAUUUCCUAUGGUCCAUGAUUGGAUAUGGAUUUGGCCUAUUUAUUACAUAUGUUGCAUUGAAUCUGAUGGAUGGAAACGGCCAACCAGCUCUUCUUUAUAUUGUUCCCUGUACCCUUGGCACUGUCCUAAGUUUGGGUUUCUGGCGGGAUGAGCUAAGUAAUUUAUGGUCAAAGGGCGAGCCUCAAAUGGCUUGUCCACAUGUUCCAAAGGUUGGUUCGUAGAUCGAAGACUGCUGUUGUAAAUUGAAAACUCCUGUUAUUUGCUGUGGCUUGAACUAUAUUCAAUCUGGAUGUGCGCACAAGAUGGAAAUUCAAACACUAUUCAUACUAUAUGCGAAUAGUUAUCCAGAGACAACUACCUUAAACACAUACAAGGGAUGUCGUUGCUAAUUAUAUGUAUGAUGGCUUUACAUAAGCUCACAAAUAGUGUUAAGUCAGACCUUACCAAGUCUAGAGAAAUUCUCGCAUGCAUGUGAUCUUGAGAUUUUUUGUGUAUAUACUUCAGAUGUUACAGGAAAAGAUCGUUCCAUAGAAUAGAUAUCUCUACAAGACAAAUCUCAAUGGUCAAACCCUAUGAAUCAUGGCGAAAUGAUACUCAGUUCCAUCCAUAACUGUCAUAAUUUUAAUGUUUAUCAUUCUUACCUAAAACCAAAUUUCGUAAUUUUCGCAUUGAAAUGAUGCUAACUUUUCCUUUGCUGGGAUUGUCAAAAGCAAGGACGACUCCUCUACCGUAUGUUACAUGAUAUCGGCCUUUAUUGAAUGUCUGCAUCUUAUGAGAUCUUCUCUUUCGAUCAAAGAGAUGCUAAUGUUAGGAAGAUCUAAAAAGUUUGGAGGACUCUCUUAAGCAUCUAACUAGUGGACAGUUGAAGUCCUGUAAAGCCAAAAUAUGUCUAUGGUCAGAAGAUAACAGUACAAAAGAGUGGUAGUCUACGUGUUGAAGAAGCAAAAUAUUAUUGACACAAUGUGUGCAUGCACAUGUAUGAAUGCGUGUGAAAAGAUGUUAAUCUACUUGACAAAAAACAAAUAAACCAUAAAAUAGUGUAGAUAUAGAUAUUCUAUGUAGUUACCUUUUUCUUCCUUUCGUAAUUUGAAAUGAAAUGAAAUUUCAAUAUUUUAUUGAA